AUGGGCGACACGAAAGACGGUUCUUGCAAAGACCCUUUCGUGCAAUCGGCCCCUUGUUCAUUGAAUGAGUGCACCUACCCGUCUGCAACGAAAAUUGUCCUGGAGGGACCAAGUUCUGAAGACUUGUGUGGUCAACUCAAACAGACACCCAGUACCUCUCCACAGCUUGAGCAUGUCAGUGAUUUUCAGCAGUCAGCAAGCCCUUCUCUAGAUGAUAUGGCUCAUCCCCAAGCAAAGAUGGGUCCUCAAGAUGAGAGGCAAAAGUACAUCCAAUCAGCUGAUCCUUCUUCUGAUAAGCAGAAUUAUCAACUACCAGUAACUAGUACUUGUGUUGAGAAACAGAGUGUUUGUUCAUCAUCUGCAUGUGGAGCAGACCAUCCUGUUGAGAAGCAGAAUGAUCAACAGACUGAACGAGCCAAAGAGAAAACAGCAUUAUCAAUUUCCAAAAACAUUAAGCAAGAGCCAGUAGAUUUCAAAGUGAAAGAAGAACCAAUAGAUGUGGAUGAUGAAAGUAAUAAUCAGAGUCAUAUUAUUUCUGAUGAUGACGAUGAUGAUGACUGCAUCAUAGUACUCGAUGUAAUCCCAGGUGAUAAAACAAGAAAAGAGAAACCUAAAGUUGCUUCUGCUGUAACAGAUAUUCUUAUUAUCAGUGAUGAUGAAGAUGAUGAGAAGGGAGAUGAACCUUCUACCAGUACUACUCAAAAUCAAACACCCAAAGAAACAGUUGUAGCAGAACAGGUAACCGACCCUUCGUCAAGUUCAGAUCAUGUUCAACUGGAGCAAGUGAAGACUCUCUCGGAUGCCCUCCCUUCCUUAGAUAAGCUUCCUAAUGAGGUAGCAGAUCCUGUCAAUAAAGCUGUUUGCGAAGUUGUUAAAGAAGAUAAAGAACUAGCAAAUCCUAACCCUCCUAGCCCAAGUAAUGUUCAUGAUGAAUCUUCCAUUUUAACAGAACUUACGGAAGCAAAUACUCUUUCCUCAAGCUCGACUGCUGAUAUCGCUCAUGUUCAACUGGAGCAAGUGAAGACUCUUCCAGAUGCCCCGCUUUCCUUAGAUAAGCUCCCUAAUGAGAUUGUAGAUCCUAUCGAUAAAGCUGUUUGUGAAGUUGUUAAAGAACUCGCAAAUCCUAACCCUCCUAGCCCAAGUAAUGUUCAUGAGGAAUCUUCCGUUUUAUCAGAAGCAAAUGCUGUUUACUCAAGCUCUUCAGAUGAUGUUGACGCUCCUGAGGAUGCAGCCCUAGGUUGGACAGAGGACAAAGACACAUCUGUCCCUGAACCAAGUAAACAAAGGGAUCUGAUUGGUGUUCAAGCUGAAUGUGAUGUGGAUCCAGGACCUAAAGAGAAUGUGGAUCCAGGACCUGAAGAUGAUGUGGAUCCAGGACCUGAAGAUAACAGUGAGAUGAUGAGUGAUGGCUUUGACAGUGAUGGAUGGGAGGUUGGUAGUGAUGACUUAGAUAAAGAGAAGACAAAUACAAACACUGGAAAUGGAACGGAUUCUGAGCAGAUUGUGAAGGAAAGUGACCUGACUAUAAGACAAGAUACUGUCGAUGCCAACUCUGAAACAGUUCAAAUAACUCCAACAAAUUUGGUCCGGGCCUCCGGACAAGGCAAUAGUCUUGUACCAGUUGGUAUAACUCCAGUGGAUCCGGUGAUUCCGGUCCCUACCUCCAGUCAAGACAAUAGUCUUGUACCAAUUGGAAUUAUUCCUAUAGCUUCAGAGAUGAUUCCAGAAUCCAGGGUUGACACUGAAGUGUUUGAUACAGCCGAGUCUGUGCCGCCAAUAGGGAGCGAGAUCGAUGUACCCUUGGAGCAGUGUGGAGUUGCUUCUGACCAUAAACCUCUUCAGGACAGUGGUGUCUCUCUUGCUUCUGGUUGUAUGGAUGAUAACAUUCUGACUAGAGAGGCAGAGCAGACUAUAAGAUCUUCAGUUACCAGGAGCAAGCUGAGAUCAUGCUUAUCCAACACUUUGAUAAAAAGCCUACAGGAGAAUAAAACACCCAGUGGAAAGUCAGUAAAAAAGCACACACUUGAUAAUCCAGUCUUUAAUUGUCACCUUUGUUUUCAGUCAUUUGACAAGAAGAAGUUACUAGAAAAACACCUUGUCAGUCACCCAAAAGUCACACGUAUCAUGUGUAAGUAUUGCAACACCUCGUAUCAAAAUAUGAAAGGUCUUAAAAAACAUAUGAAGCGCUGCUACUGGAAGAGGAAAAUGAAGAAGAGUCCAAAUAAGAAGGUGCUUAGUGAUGUCUCUAGGAUUCAGAAGGAGAAAGUAGAUCCCUCUACUCCUGAAAAAGAGCGUAGGAAGCUGGAAUUUACAUCUGUUAAGAAAGAAUAUCCAAAACAGCAAGAUAUAAAACCUGACAUCAAGGGUAAAAUUUGUGAUACAGUAUUGCCCUCAUCAAGGAGGCAUGGGCAGGGGAAAAAAGAUGUAAAAAAUCAAAAGUUUCAAGUCAAAGAAGAACUGAACAAUCAAAAGACUAAAAAGAAAAAUCUCAAAGAUGAAAAUCUGAAAGAUAGUAGAAAAACAAAGAGUGAAUCUUCAGUUUAUGUCUGUCCCAGAUGUCAUGGCACUUUCACUAGCAUGUUUAAAGCUAAGAGACAUAUGCACAUGACACACAACACAACCAGUAUGAAGUACAGAGGGGAGGAAAUUAGAAUACUGCCAAAGGAAGAGGCCAUUCAUCUCAUCUUUUAUUGCAUAAAAUGUAACGAGUCUUUCCGAUCAUGGUUCCUUUUUAAUAGUCAUAAAAGUACAAUUAGGGGGAAGAAAAAAUGCGAGAAACUCUUCCAGUGUAAUGUGUGCUACGAACAUUUUGAGAAGAAAGUAGAUUGUGCUAUGCAUAUACAGGAACACUUAGGAUCUACAGAAUCUAGGAAGAGAAAAAGAGGGUCAUCAAGUUCUAAUGAACAUCAUUCUGGUAACAAAAGAGCAAAAAUCAGUGAGGGAUUCAAAUGCAAGCAUUGUAAAAAGACAUUUGAGUUUGAAUACCUAUGUGCUAAGCAUGAAAUAACACAUACGGACACUGAUCCUUGGCAUUGCUAUAUCUGCUUUAAGAUCUUCUAUCUGAAGUCGUCCAUUACUGCUCACAUGGAUAGAGUUCAUAAGGAAGCAUCUUAUUGCAAAAAGUGCUUCUGUCUAAUUGCAAGCAAGGAUAAAAGGGUAUGUAUUGACUGUAACAAAAGAAGACGAGGUAGUGCACUGAAGUGCAGCAUAUGUAAGACAGAGUUUGCUAACCCCUCAGAUCUAACCUGUCAUAUUUUGACUCAUGAUGAAUAUGGAGGAGAAUCCACAGUUAGAAUAGCCCAAAAGACCUCAGUGGUGAAUUUGGACUCCAAAUUUCAGAAUUUGCCCCAUACCUCAGUUAAAAAUUCCCCUCCAUCUAAGAAAAAGGAUAGUCCAGUUAUAAAGCCUUCUACUAGGACAUACAGUAAAUCAUUGCUCACAGAAAAACCCACUACCGAUGCAAAGGCAUCUGCCACUCUUAAGUAUGACUUCAAAGCAUCCCAAGAUGCACCGAAAAGGUCUCAUAAACCAUCAGGAUCAAGACCAGAUUUUUAUCGUGUGACCAGAUCCAAGGGUGGUUGUUCGAAACAAGAAGCACCAACAGUUCAAACUGUACAUCCAUUGAAACAUGCCCAUCGUAAUUACGAUGUCUGCAUGAAGUGUGGGAAGCAAGACAUACCACCCAAAGACUUGAGCAAACAUGCUCGGACCCACCUGGAUGUAAGAUCUCGUUUCCAGUGCAAUGCAUGUCAGCAGUGCUUUGGGGACACGUAUGAGAUUGAGGAGCAUACAUGCGUUUCCUCAAAAAAGGCUGGUAGUUCCUACAAUGUGUCCAACGUGGUGUACAAAUGUCAGUUCUGUGGCAGGGACUUCCAGAAUAUGAUGGAAGCAAGAAAACAUGUGCUCUCCACAAACACCUCAUGUCUGUUGGAAUGCACAGAAUGUAAAGCUGAAUAUUCCAGGCAAGGUGACCUGAUGGUUCAUAUGGUCAGUGUUCAUGGACAGUAUCUAGAGUGUGACAAAUGCUCGGCUCAGUUCACACGGCAAGUUGAUCUGAACUAUCACAUCAAGCAGCAUGAAGACAUGAGCCAUUAGAAUCAAUAUGCCAAACUAGUUAUGGUUAGGCAAGAUGAUCAUCAAAGACUUAAUAUUGACAGCUGUGUAAUAUUAAAGAGUGUGACAAAUAAAUCCAUGAAUAUGUGUGACAAAUACUUAACUGGGUUCACAUGGCAAGUUGAUCUAGUUUAUAUCAGGUAAUAUGAAGAUGAAAGCCAUAAAAUUUGAUUCAUUGUGCAGAAAAGGCUAAAUAUGUGAGUGUGAGGUACAGCAACCAUGGAGAGAGUUUAUGUAGUCCGAAUUGUACAGCUAAUCAAAAUCAAGGUUUCCACUGUAGUUAUAAUGGCAGAGUUUCUGGAACAAGGCUCCUGGACUCUGUAACAUACAGGUUUGCAAAUACUAAAUGCCAAUGACCAAUUAAAAUCAUUGUUGCAUGCACACUUUGAUCAAACACUGACAAAGAUCCAAUCAGAGUGGUUCUUUUAUAUUUUCAAUACAUCACAAAUCUUUAUGUUCUGGUCCUAUGCUGAAUCAAUGUUUUAACAUAAUUUACUUGAUAAGAAAUGUUGUUCUUGUGACAGUAGUACUGAUAAAUGUUGUCAAGAGUUUUUAAAGUAGACUGUUUUCUUUGAAUUAUUUGUAUCAACUAGCUUCAACUUUGGCAUUGCCCAUUCCUCAGAGGCCUGGCAAUAUCAGAGGAAGUCUGAUGAUGUAAUGCUGGUAUUUCUUAUGUGAUUUUUCUUCUGUUUUUGUUAAAGGACAGAAGAGAGCUGAUUUCAAUUUGUGUAUUAUGAGAUUGUCAUUCUGUACAUUUUUUUCAGGGAUACUAAUCCUUUUUCUGCCAUCUUCCUUCUGACUCUCUUUUUCUGCAAAUCAGAAAAAUAAGGAAAUCCAAGAAAUCAGCCCCUCGGGGGGUGGGGGGGGUUCACUCGACCAAAAAAGUAGUCGGUAUGUGCCGCGGGCGAGACAAAAACGGGGGCCUUGGAGUGGGCUUAUUGUAAAAAGGAGGGUCCUCGGAACAGGCUUUGGAACGACAAAUGUUUGUGAAAACAGGGGUCCUUGGAACGGGUCGCCUGCGUGUGAUUGCGUAUUCAUCCCUAUGGAACGGGCAUACGUGCAUGCAGCUAUAGCCCGCCGGCAUGGGGGCCGGGUGCGCUAGCGCAGAUGCGAUGGUCGGACAGCGCUCUGCGGCCGCUUUUCACCAAAACUUCAGCUCGUUGUAGCAGAUCAAUACGGCCGGAACGGCGUAACGGAAGAUAUGCGAAGCUUUGGAGCGGAUUUCUUUCUUUUUUUCUCGAUAAGAAGAAAAUGCUAUGCUUUGGAGCGGCUUUCUUUGUUCUUUUUCUCAAUAAG